GGCUGUGGAGAAGAAGCAGGAGAAGAACAACAAACAAGAUGAUCGUGUUCUUUGCAAACAUUUUCACGCUCUGGUGUUUGUGUGCAGCACAGUCAAAUGAAGUCUCUCAGCCUGUUUCUUUACAAACACUGAAGCUUGGAGAAUCAGCGACUAUCCAGUGUUACAUAAAAAGCCUGAUGACAAAAAGAGUGUGGUACAAACUGACUACAGGGAGGAAACUGCAGCUUGUGGCUUCAUUUGAUUCUUACUAUCAACGCAGCGUGCUUUCUGAUGAGUUCGAGCGCCACUAUUCAGUAGAAUUUGACAAGACCAACAGUCAUCUGAGAAUAUCUGCAACAUCAUGGGACGAUGUCGGGACAUACUUCUGUGGAGUGAUGCAUUUAAAUGAAAUUAACUUUGGAUCAGGAACUUUCUUGAUGCUGAAAGGUGCAAAGAUGAUCAGCAACUCUGUCAUCUGGCAGCCGGAGCUUCAUUCGGUCCAGUCAGGAGACUCUGUGACUCUGAGAUGUUCCAUUCGCUCUGGUCAAUGCGCCGCCGAACACAUCAGUGUCAUGUGGCUGAAAAACUCUGAUCACUCUGCUCCUGAAAUGAUUCACUCCUCUGGAAAUCACAACACCUGCCAGACUGUCUCUGGAGAAACAACCUGUGUGUACAACCUUCUCAUUGAGAAUCUCAGUGAUGACGAUGCCGGGGUUUACUAUUGCGUUGUCACUUCAUGUGGACGAAUACUGUUUGGCGACGGGACCAGGCUCAUCUUUGAUUAUGACACAGAGGUUUAUAGCGAUACACCUUCCUACGCAAAUUUGAAGAUCGUCAUCUUCCUGAGUAUUAGUCUGGCUCCCUUUCUGGCUUUGUUAGUAUACAUCUGUAAAACAAAAUGCUGCUACUGUACAGAGUCUUGUGGAGGAUUUUCAGGUUCGACCACGACCAGUGCAAAGGUCCAAGAUGAGAGACAUCUGAAGACCAAGGCAUCAAAAAGUCAGAGAGACGACACCUGGAGUGAAUGCGUGUACUGGAGUGUAAAGAAGGACAACUGAACGUGUUUGAACUUUGUUUUUGCAUUACAAGAUAUUGUCUUGUUAGUGUAGCUUUCAAAGUAUACCGAGGCCUUUCUUGAACUGCUUUUCUAAUGUUUCUUUCACUAAAUGUGAUCACUGUAACGCCUUAACCUGCAAUAACCUCAAUAAACAAGCUAUUAAAAGAACAUCAA